GUUAAGCAACUUAAAGAAUCUUUUUUCUUGUUAGCUUUAGAUCAGCUAGCUAAUUAUUUAAUUUCGACAUUUUCUUCCUAGAUGUUGUUUGACCUUUUUCCUCCACGAGGUAGAAGAUCACAUUUCUGAAAUUGCAAAAUUGGUUGUGAUCAAUCUCAGAUCGAAAUUGCUUAUAAUUAAUUAAGGGUGCAUUACGAUCAUCCUCACAAUUGUUUACAAAAAAAUUGUCGGUUAGGGAAAGAUCAAAAGUGUGCUUAAUUAUAAGAUUCCAAUGGAUAAAUCAUGGAUAGAAAAGCCACGUUUAUCUCAAGAUUACAAACUAGGAGUAAAAAAAUUCUUGGAUUUUGCAUUUGGUAGAUCAAAUGUACAAAUGAUGAAAUGUCCAUGUAACCGUUGUUCUCUAACCAAGCCUAAGUCAAGAGAAGAUAUGGAAGGUGAUUUGAUGUGCUAUGGCUUUUUAAGUUCAUACACAAGUUGGAUAUUACACGGAGAGGAAAUACACAUUAUAGAGAAUGCAAGAGUACCUUCUGAUAUUGCUCGAGUUCAGUUAGAUUCAACUUCGAAUCUCUUGGAUGAUCUUUUUCCUGAUAUUAAUAUGAAUAUGCAAGGUGAAUAUGGAAAUGACUCAUCUGAGCAACCAAUGAACACCGAUAUACCAUCAACUGCUGGAGAAACUAGUGGAAGAGGAGAAGAUUUUGAGGAGUUAUUUGCUGAUUAUAAUCAAGAGUUAUAUCCAGGAUGCAGUAGCUUCACGAAGUUGUCUUUUAUACUGAAGCUGUACCAUAUUAAAUGUAUGUGUGGGGUCAGUGACAAGGGGAUAUCUAUGGUGCUCGAUUUGAUGAAAGAAGCCUUUACGCAUGCUAAAUUGCCAGAUUCAUUUAAUGACAUGAAAAAGGUUAUUCGCAAAUUAGGCAUGACUUACGAGUCAAUUCAUGCAUGUCCAAAUGAUUGCAUGUUAUAUUGGGAGGCAGAUGCAGAAAGAGAGAUCUGCAAAGUUUGUGAGGUCUCUCGUUGGAAAGAUAAUAAAUCAGUAGAGAGAACGGUUUCUGGAUCAGAGAGAACGGUUUCCAGAUCAGAGAAAGAAAAAACUAAAGCUCCUGCAAAAGUCUUGCGUUAUUUUCCUCUAAAGCCACGACUGCAGCGAUUAUUUAUGUCAUCAAAAACUGCAACCCACAUGAGAUGGCAUGCAACUGCUAGUAACAAUGAUGGCAAGCUUCGACAUCCAAGAGAUGGAUUGGCUUGGAAGGCAUUUGAUCAUCAAUAUCCUGAAUUUGCUUCUGAUUCAAGAAAUGUCAGAUUAGGCUUGGCGACUGAUGGAUUCAACCCUUUUGGUACAAUGAGCAGUAGCUAUAGCAUCUGGCCAGUGAUGUUAUUUCCUUAUAAUUUUCCACCGUGGAUGUCGAUGAAGCAGACAUCAAUGAUUCUCUCUAUGGUUAUUCCUGGAAAACAGAUGCCUGGUAAUGAUAUUGAUGUCUACUUGCAGCCACUUAUCAAAGAGUUGAAAGAGUUAUGGUUUGAUGGGAUUAAAACGCUAGAUGCUUCCACAAAACAAACAUUUGAUAUGCGAGCAGCUCUCAUGUGGACAGUUAUAGUGAUUUUCCUGGUUUUGGAAAUUUGUCAGGUUGGAAUACAUAUACAACAUCAGCUUGUCCAAGUUGUAAUUAUGAUGGUAUCGGACAACGAUUACGUCAUGGGAAAAAGAAUUGUUUCAUUGGCCAUCGUCGUUUUCUUCCUGCAGAUCAUGGCUUUCGUCAAAAUAGAGCACACUUUGACGGGAAAGUAGAAACCAGAUCUCCACCAGUCACGUUGACAGGCUCUACAAUUGUUCACCAACUAGAACAAGUUAAUGUUACUCUUGGUAAGAAAAACGGUCUAGUUAGAGUUGGAAGAAAGAGAGAUCGAAGUGAUGUUGGAAGAGGUAGUACUCAGCAGUGGAAGAAAAAAAGUAUUUUUUUUGAGUUGCCUUAUUGGGAGUCUACAAUGUUGCGACAUAAUUUGGAUGUCAUGCACAUAGAGAAGAAUGUCUUUGACAAUCUGGCCUACACAUUGUUGGAUGACAAAAAAAAGUCGAAAGAUAAUUUAAAUGCUAGAAAAGAUCUUCGUGAGUGGUUCUCGUUGUAAUCAAAUCAUCCAUUACAAACCAUCGGAUCCUCACCUCCAGUGCUUUCAGAUUCUAUUGUUCUCUUUCUUUUUUUCUUUUCUCUUUUCUUUGCUCUGUCAUGAGCUUACUUGAAUUUUUCUUAGCUUCCUCUGUAUUUAAAUUACUCUGGUUUUUGUAUCUGGUCUUUGUCUCAUUUUCUUAAAAUGAAAUUCAAGCGUUUGAAAAAAGAAGAAGUUGUGAGUAUAUAUAAUUUACAUCCAAACAAAACAAAUUUUCGUUGCACCCAAAAAGAAAUUAAUAUACGCUGAGCAAUAUAAUUUAUUGAUUACUAUUAGAGAUGAUAAUUAUUGGUGAAAAUAAAAAUAGAAACAGAUCCCGCUACAUUUUAGUUCCAAGCGGGAAUUAUUUUGUUAUCCUUUAAAAAAAAACUGUUUUUAAUAUAUAACUACGUGAUUGUUAUCUAUAAUCCUAAACAAUCUUCUCUCUCAGAAAACCGUCCAAGUUCUAUUAGAGAACAGAAGCUAAAGCUUCUACUCAAGGUAGCGUAACUUACUGAUUCAGGUUUAACGGUUUCUGUGUUUAAAAUUUAUUAUAGUUGAAUCAUGAUUCUUAUUUUCCUGAAUUUCAAUCAUUUUAGGACUAUGGAUUUCAUGGAUUCAGAAACACAAGAACCAGAAGAUUUACCACAUCUGGAAGCUGAGUACAACAUGCCUCCUACACUUGCUCCAGAAUGCAAAAGCUUCAAAUGGAAAAUAGAAGUUAUAGAUAUCAAUGGAAACAUAGAAGGCAAAAUGGUUACAUCUAAAGAUAUCUGGAAAUUGCAAAACAGUAGAGUCAUUGUGCAUUUUGACGAAACUAGCGGCCAACCAAUUGGAGAAUCAGGAGGCUUGCUAGGAUCAUGGUUAGGUCAAUUAAGCAAUGAUGUGAAUUUGCUGCCUAUUAAUUACAGUGAUUGGAGGUUGGUUAAUAUUCACAUCAAAAACAAGGUCUGGGAAGUAAUUCAGUCCAAAUUCUGGUUUGAUGAUCCGACGAUGAGAAAAGUAUAUGUGAUGGGUGCAUUAGGCAGCAGAUGCAAAGACGUCAGAUUACGUCUUUGGAAAGAGUACAAACGAGAUAAUUUGAGUGACAUGUUGCAGAACCGACCUGAGCAUAUUCCUGAGAAUCAGUGGGGUCAUUUCGUUCACAUGAGAUUUACUGAAAAAUGGAAGAAAAUGCAAGAGAGGAAUACAAAAAACCAAAAGAAACAUACAAUGCCUCAUGUAUGUGGAAGAAAGAGUUUUUCAAGGAGAAGAAAUGAGAUUAAAAUCAAGACUGGAAAAACACCAAGCCGAGCAGAGUUUUUCAUCGAAACUCGUACAAAACCUAAUGGAAGCUUUGUCUCUGAAGAAGCCAAAACACGAGUGGAAGCACUUACAAUAUUAUUGAGCCAAAAUCCACAUGCCACAAACCAUGCUCCAGCUAGCUUGGAUGAUGUAUAUGCUCAAGUUUUUGGUCCAGAACGUCCAGGACGAGUACGUUGUCUUGGUCGUGGGCCUACACCUUCGAAGCUGGUGAGACGCUCAACUGUAAUAAUAUAAUUUGUUAUUUCACUACUAUACUUUGAUACAUAAAACUAACAUUUUAAACUAUCUUUUUAGGCAAGAGCAUGGGCUGCAAGUUUUGCUGUAGCUUUUGCUAAUAUUCCAAAUCCAACUUUUGCCAACAUGCCAACUCCACAAAAUCCUGAUCAGGUAAAUGAUGAUUCUAUAUUUAUUUCAUUAUCGAUAAGUAUUUAGAUGACACACUAAUUGUCAUAUAAUUUUAUGUUAGGAAAUGGAAUGAUGGCGUUGAUGGAUUUCAAAACGUAGGGAUGCUGCAAGUGAUUGUAAUUACGUCUUUUUAACAUUGCUUCUUAUUAACUCUAGUUUGUUUAUGUUUUAUGUAUUUGCAUUACGGAUGAAUUGUGUUUCUACUUUUUAUUUUUAUUAUUCUAAUUUCCAGUUUAAAUUUAGUUAUUUAUUUAGUCUAUUUUUAAUAUUGGUUUUAAAAUAGUAAAAUAUACAAAAGUUUCAUUGAUAUGUUAACAUCAAUUUACAAACGAUGCAUAGUUAUUUUAACGAUUUUAUAAAUAUAUAUAAAAAAAUUUCAUCAUUUUUUAUAAACGAUGUAUGUAUAAAAAUCAUUUGUCAAAACUGACACAACUAUCAUAUCAAUUAUUUGCAAACGAUACUAAUGUAUAUCAGUUAAUAUAAUUGAUACAACUACUCAGAUCAUUUAUGAAAAUUGAUAUUAAUUUUAAAUCAAUUAUUACUAAAUGAUGUAUAUAAUUAAAAUCGGUUAGUUUAGUUGAUACUAAUACUAACAUCACUUAACUAAAUCGAUUUAGACUUAAUAUCAUUUCUAGCAAAUGAUAUAUUCUUACAUCAUUUCAAAUAAGUGAUUAAAAUAUUAUUAUUUUUUGCAUCAGUUGUUACUAAAAUGAUGUAUAUUAUUUGCAUCACCACUUUCACAGUCACUUAUAUAAGUGAUGUAAAUUUCUUUUGCAUCAUUUAUAAAUAAUGCAAAUAUUAAAAAUAAAUGAUUUAAACUAAUCUUUUUUUUGUAGUGGUGUGAGUCCGUCAGCACACACA